AUGGAGAACGAGAAAAAGAAUAAUUCACCAAAUAUUACCAUUAGAUCUGACCCAGCAUGGAUCAAGACAGCUCUGGACGUGACACAAGUGGAUGAAAAAGUAACGAUGCCUCAUAAGGUCUUGUCUGGCCCCGGGACCUGGACCAGCGAAGAAGAAGGAUCCGGUUGGAAGUUGGAGAAGGGAGGGCCGCGAGCUGACGAUGUGGCCCAAAUUUGA